CUCGUUGAAGGCAACACAGUAAUAUAUAUGAGUUUUCGAGUGAGGGUGAGGGGGAGGGGAGGGGAGUGUUGUGUUGUGCGUUAUCGUGGAAGGUGAAAGUCGUAAAUCGGUGAGCGAAAACGAAGAGCGACGAAUGAGAUAACAGUAAGAAUAGGAGGAGGAGAUUAUGAGGAGCUAUUAUUGUGGUUAUGCCGCCUCCUCUGCUGCCCUUCCCUCUCUUCUUAAUCUGAAAAAUGUUUCUCCCCCCUUUUUCAACAUUAGCUUGAAUUUGGGCGGUGGCAACGGGGGCGAGGAAGAGGAUCGUUCUUAUCAGUCGGCGAAGCUCACUGUACCUGAUUACAAAUGGCGCUUGGUUAUAGCUUAUGACGGCACUCGUUUUUCAGGUUGGCAAUAUCAAGUUUCACCGCCAACCAUACAGUGCAUUGUGGAAGAAGCUUUAACUCGAGUCACGAAACUUGAACGGAAGGAUCUUCAUUUAGUUGGUGCGAGUAGGACAGAUGCAGGAGUCCAUGCCUGGGGCCAGGUGGCCCACUUUGUUACACCUUUUAACUAUGACAGACUGGAAAGUAUUCAUGCCGCCCUAAAUGGUCUUCUUCCUUCUGAUAUUCGAGUUCGACAAAUCAGCCCAGCAGUUCCUGAAUUUCAUGCUCGUUUUUCGGUGAAAGGCAAGAUUUAUCACUACAAGAUAUACAAUGACAGCACCAUGGACCCAUUUCAGCGUCAUUUUGCUUACCAUAGUAUUUAUAAACUCAACGCUGCUCUAAUGAGGGAAGCUGCAAAGCAUUUUGUAGGGAAGCAUGACUUCUCUGCAUUCGCUAAUACUUCACGCAAUGACCGUACACCAAAUCCAGUGAAGAAUAUUUUCCAUUUUGAUGUGAAUGAGAUGGUGAUUGUCAAGAAUAUUACUGAAAAAGGAUUCUGGGUGGUUUUUUUCAUUUGAUCCUUUAGGUGCUCCUGGAUGAAGGAUUCAGUUCUAACCCUUGUCAUAUUGUUUAUUUAGGGGCCUCUAUUGCAGCUUGAAGUUGAAGGGUCUGGUUUUCUAUACAGACAAGUUCGGAACAUGGUGGCUUUGCUGCUUCAAAUUGGAAGAGAAGCAAUUCCUCCAGAUAUUGUCCCCAGAAUUUUGUCAUCUCGUGAUCGCAAGGAACUUGCCACGUAUGCCUUGUCUGCCCCACCUCAUGGUCUCAGUCUUGUGGCUGUCAAGUAUAACGAAGAACACCUGCGGCUUCCGACUAAUUGCCCAGCAACUAGUUUUGGGAGGCAUCAUAGCAUCACCAAAUGUAAGGUGCCAUGUUUAUGACAAAUUCAUUCUCAACGAAAAGGACAUAAAGAAAUGCUAGCGGUAUUUAUUUUUUUU